AUGCUCGGGGGCUCCGGCAGCCAGACAAAGGCUUAUUUUAGCUUCUUUUGCUGUGCCCUGCCCGCGCGUGCCUUCGUGGCAGCCACAAAUUGGGACUCUUCAAAAAAGUUUUGGUUUAGCUUCCUGACUGUCGCGACUUUCUGCGCCAAGGUCCUCCACAUCUACGCUCACUGCGACUCCAUCCCAGCCACAAAAUUGAUGCUAUGGGGACCUACAUUCUUUGUGCAGGACGUGAUUUUUCUGUUGAUAGCGUUUGCACUCACCCGCGCCUUCCAGCCAAAAUGGCUGCGCUAUACGGCUUCUACGGCGAUCAUCUUCGGAACUCUCAUUCUUUCCACGAUGGCCGCCGCCAAUACCUCGUUCUAUAUCACCACCGGCGCCGAAAUUCACUGGCGACAAGCAGGAGGCUUCAAUCGCGACCCAGCCUCGAUCAAUACACUGCUUACCGGAUUGACCGGUCUGGUCAUCGUCGAAGUCCUAUACAUCGUUGGAGCGGCCCUAUCCACACCUUGGAUCUACAACGGCAUGGAAUGUAUGAUCUCGACCUGGGGCUCAAUUGUGAGGGCUAUGUUCAAGCCUAUCGCUCCUUAUGCGACAGCUGGCCUCAACAUGAUUCUAAGCCGCUGGGGGAAGGGCAAAGUUUUCCAAAAUUUGAAGAUCUACGAGCCGGUGCCGCUAAGUGACUACGAUGAGGAGGAAGACAAGGCCACGCCCAGUGGUGCGCCAUUGCUCGACCACCCGCCGCGGCCAUUUGAUAACAGGGGCUGGAAGAUUGACUGGAAGAAGAACAUCGACUGGAAACUGUGGCUGAAGCGCGCUCUGGUGGUUUUCCCUACCGCAUAUAUUUUCUUCGUGCGCUUGCUUCGCCCAUCAGUGUCGUCCUACUGGUUCCUGUCUCAAACUGUCAUUAUCUCCCCAUUCGCAGGUGUUGAUUCGGAAAGCAAGCUGUCACAUAUGUUCAAGGAUCGCACCUUGGACGGUAAGACCACUGCUCUCACUGCGGUGCCCGAAUUCGACUGGUUUCCCGAGGGCAAGUUCGCCGGCUUUCGCGACUGGGAGCUGGACAAUGGAAGGAACAGACACUCUCACUAUAACUCGACUGAGGAUCCUCUGCACAUCUCCAACCUGGGCAAGGAUAUCCUUCAGCCUAUUAAAAGGGCCCUUGAUUCCGGCGAUGUAAAGAUCAAGCAUAUCUUUGUUUUCAAGAUGGAAAGCACUCGCUAUGAUGUCUUCCCUCUCCGAAAUGGAACUUACUUGUGGGACCGAAUUCAAAAGUCCUACAAGAACAAGAAGGUCCCGAAGGAUGUUCGCGAUCGUCUUGUCAACCUCACUCGCACUGCCGAGCGUUUGACCGGAUCCCCAUCGAGGUUCCACAGAAAUGAGACGAUCAAGCCUUAUGGAGGUAUUAACCUGCACAAUUCCUACACCGGUGGAACAUUCACUCUGAAGAGUAUUGAGGCAACUACUUGCGGUGUCGAGCCCCUGGUCGUCGAUUUCAACCAUGAGUACGAGCACCAUAUCUACCAGCCCUGCAUGCCUCACAUUCUCGACAUGUUGAGCGCGACAACCAACAACAGCAAGAGCGACGAUUUCACCAAUUGGCCAUGGCGUCCUGCAUUCAUGCAGUCCAUCACCGAUAGCUACGACCACCAGGACCGCCUUACUCCCGCCAUGGGCUUCAAGCCUGAAAACACCGUGACUGUUGAAUCUAUUGAUGAGGAGCGUGCCAACGACACUUCCUGGACCGCUGAACAGUUCAACUUCUGGGGCUAUCCCGACUCUUCCCUUGCUGUCUACUUCCGCGAGGCUAUCGAAAAGGCUGAGCGCGACCACGAACGUCUUUUCCUGACUCAUCUUACCGGCCUUACGCACCACCCCUGGGACACGCCGAAUGGAACAUACGAGGAACUCAUUGGUUCUCAGACGAACUCAUUCGGUGGCAAGAACGACGGUCUGAACCGCUAUCUCAACACCGUUGGUGUUAAUGACCGCUGGUAUGAGACAUUUUUGGACAUUCUGGAGGAGACUGGCGUUGCCAAUGAGACCCUUAUUGUCAUGACCGGCGAUCAUGGUCUCUCGCUUCCUGAGGAUGGCAACGUUACUCCCUACGACAAUCCUCUGGAGACCAACUUCCAUGUUCCGCUGGUUUUCGCCAACCCUCGUCUUCCUGUUAUCCAACUCAAUGCCUCUGUCUCCUCAGUCCAGAUCCUACCCACCAUCCUUGAUCUUCUUAAGAGCUCCGGCUCCCUCGACGAAUACAGCACCCGCGCCGUUGGCGAUCUUCUGCCUAUGUACGAGGGCCAGUCUAUCCUUCGACCAAUCAUUACCCACAACGACAAGACGUCCUACUACCAAUUCACCGUCAUGAACACGGGCGGCUCCAUGGUUGCCAUGCGAUCAGCCGAUGCUCCAUACCGCCUGAUUGUCCCUCUCGUCCCCGAAGUCGAAUUCCGCUUCACCGACGUCAAAAAAGACCCCCAGGAAGAGAAGGCCAUCAAAGCGUUCGACUUCAAAUCCCUAAAGAAGACCGUGAAAGAGGAUCAUGGUGAAAAGGCUGCCCAGUGGGUGCACGAUGCCGCCCGGGCCGCUCAGUGGUGGGUUACCGACAACUGGAACCGCUACGAGUACAACCCGCGGGCAGCGAAGAAGCCCCACCAGGUGUGGCCUAGCUCUCACAAGGGUCCUUGA